GAAGCGCAUCGAGAGCUCGCCGCCGAAACAGAGCGCUUUCCCGGUUGAGGGACCGCUUUCUCGCUGGGUUUUGAGGUCUUGCAAACGCGUCGGCGGCGUCUUUGUUCGAGUACCGUGUGGGCAGCGGGUUGGACUGAAGAACCGGGUCAAGCCGCCCAGGCUGGCGUGCGAGAGCGAUAGAAAAAGAUGCGACUAGACGACCCAGAUGGGACUCGAACCCACAAUCCCCAGCUCCGGAGGCUGAUGCCUUAUCCAUUAGGCCACUGGGUCAUCACAAUGAAGAGCAACAGACAUUUCUGCCAAGUUAAUUCAAGUUGAAAUAUGUCAACCACGGCCAACGAGAAUUCCUUCAGCCGCCUGAUCAAGUUUAAGAACAAGGGGAAAGAUGCUAAUGAAUUGAGACGCAGGAGAAUUGAAACCAAUGUUGAGCUGCGGAAGGCUAAAAAAGACGACCAGCUGUUUAAAAGGAGGAACGUGAACAAUUUUCCUGACGAGAAUGUAUCUCCACUUCAAGAGAAGAACAACAUCCAGGUGCCUCUGAAUUUGGAUGAAAUAAUCCAAGGUAUCCAGAGCAACAACUUGGAAACUCAACUCCAAGCAACUCAGGCUGCCAGGAAGCUGCUUUCUAGGGAGAAACAUCCUCCCAUUGAUAAAAUUAUUCAAGCUGGGCUCAUCCCCAGAUUUGUGGGGUUUCUUGCUACUUUUAAUUGUAGCCCCAUCCAGUUUGAAGCUGCAUGGGCCCUCACCAACAUAGCUUCUGGAACUUCUGAUCAGACCAAGGCUGUUGUUGAUGGUGGUGCAAUUCCAGCCUUCAUCAAUCUGUUGGCAUCUCCACAUCCACACAUCAGUGAACAAGCAGUAUGGGCUUUAGGAAACAUUGCAGGUGAUGGAUCUCACUACAGAGACUUGGUUAUCAAAUGUGGAGCCCUUGACCCAUUACUUGCACUGUUGGCUGUUCCUGAAUUAGCUGCAUUAUCGUCUAGCUAUCUGCGAAAUGUAACUUGGACACUGUCAAAUCUCUGCCGCAACAAGAAUCCAUCUCCACCUUUAGAAGCAGUGAAGCAGGUUCUGCCAGCCCUUGUACGCCUUCUACACCAUGAUGACAAAGAAGUUCUUGCUGAUGCAUGCUGGGCUAUAUCUUAUCUAACAGAUGGCUCAAAUGACCGCAUUGAAGUAGUAGUGUGUACUGGAGUUGUGCCACGUUUAGUGCAGUUACUAGCAUCAUGUGAAUUAUCAAUAGUGGUAAGUUCAAUUUUAGAAACCAACUUUGACAAUAUUAAAUAAUAUAAAUAUUUGGAAACU